UAUUUAAGGAAUAGAAUAAAUCCAGGUAAGAACUGUUAAGGUAGAGGUACAGAUUAGUUGAAUAUAAAAAGGGUGGUUCUUCACUCGCUCUCACUCAAUGCCAGUCUAUUUUGCCAGUUUGGAAAUAUUAUUUUAAUUUCUCCAAUGCUGCCAAGAACACCUCUGGCACUAUCUGUGACUCAACACAUCUUUCUCCCUAAGAUCUCUCACUCAACCCAUGCUCAAAUUUCCACCAAAAUUCCAGUUUUUCUUCCAAUUUUCUCAUCCCCAUCUUCUCCUUCAUUUCUUCUUCUUUUUCAUCAUCGUCUUCUUCUUUUUCUUCUGCAUUGAAAGAUUGACUAUCAGCAAAAAACUAUGCAAGACCCAAUUGGCAUCCCUGCUUGUUUCUCAUCCGGAGAGAAGCUAAGUGAUGACCCAGCAGCUGUAACAAGGUCAGGCCAAAGUGUUUUCAUGUCUGUUUAUAGAACAAAGAUUGCUGAUCAGUGCCGCUUGAUCACAGUCACUUGGUGCAAGAAUUUACUAGUCCACGGACUAUCUGUCUCUGUGGAAGGUCCAAAUGGGGAAAGCCAGUACACCUGCAAAGUUGAGCUUAAACCAUGGUAUUUCUGGAGGAAACAUGGGUCAAAGCGUUUUAUGGUUGAUGGUAAAGCAGUAGAUAUUUUCUGGGACCUCAAAGCUGCAAAAUUCAAUGGUGAAACUGAGCCAAACUCAGAGUAUUAUGUUGCAGUUGUUUGCAAUGGAGAGGUUGUAUUGCUACUCGGUGAUCUGAAAAAAGAUGCUUAUAGGAAAACUGGUUGUAGACCUGCUCUGAUCGAUCCCAUAUUGGUUUCCAGAAAAGAGCAUAUAUUCGGUAAGAAAAAGUUCAUCACCAGAGCCAAAUUCCAUGAAAAAGGUAGAUUCCAUGAAAUCUCAAUCGAGUGCAAAAAUAGAGCUACAAGCUGCAGUGGGAACACUGACAAUGGCAAUUCGUUAAAUGGGUUUGAACCAGAAAUGGAGAUCAGGAUCGAUGGCUACUUAGUCAUUCAUGUCAAGCACCUUCAGUGGAAGUUCAGAGGUAAUGAAUCAAUACAUGUCAAUAAAUUAAGAAUAGAGGUUUACUGGGAUGUCCAUGAUUGGCUAUUCAAUCCAGGUUUAAGACAUGCUCUGUUCAUUUUCAAGCCGAGUUUGUUAUCAACAUCUUCAUCAUCUCUCUCUUCAACAUCAUCAUCAUCACCACCAUUGUCUUCUUCAUUGACAUCGACACCAUUGUCAUCUCAAAUAGGAAGUUCAGGUUCAGUAGUAGAAGGGUUUAAUGGAAGUGGGUCAUCUGAGUUUUGCUUGUUUCUAUAUGCUUGGAAGGUUGAAUGAUAGAAACAUAUCAAAAUCUAAGGCUAUGGGUUUUUUUUUUUUUUUUUUUUUUUGCAUCAUCAACACCAGGAAAAAAAAAAAAAAAAAAAAAAAAAGAGAAAAAAAAGAAAAAAGAAAGAGGAGUUGGGAAGUGGGAAAAAUGGAAAAAUGGGCAUUCAAAAAUCAAUGGGGCCAGAAUGGUAUGCUGAAGAUGCAGAUUGGUUAAAGAGUAACAGGAUUAGAAUGAGAAGGUAAGGGAAUGGUGGGGUCAGAAAAGAGCAAAGGUUUUGGAAGUUAGUAACAGCUGGGAUUGAACAAGUGGGCAUAAGUUGGACAAGACAGGAUAGUUAUCAAACAGCAUGCUCAAUAAUUCCUCUAUCUAGAGGCAUCUCCAUAUCUGUUUUUAUACAAAUUUCUCUUUCCUCUGUUUACUUUUAUUUUGUUUUAUUUUAUUUUUGUUCUUGAUCUGAUCUUUGAUGAUUAAGAAAAAUACGUAUUUCUAGAGAUUAUGUCUACCACCAAUAUGUAUCUUCUGCAAAAUUUUUAUAUAUAAAAAGAAAAUGUUGACAAA